CCACAACACACCUCUCUUUCCUCUUCCAUUCUCUCCAGCGCAUGGGCGUUUGUCUCUACGGGGUCUUAUUCUGCUUCUGCUCUUUCACCUGCCCUAAUUCUCUGCCGCCGGGCGCCCAUUGACGAGGUCGAGCUGGCCUGCCUGCAACCCCCGUUCAUCAACACAAUCACCUCGACCAGCUGCCAACAUGGCCCCUCUACCCAUAGCCUUCCAGGAAUUGCUCUCGUUAACUGCGGUCGAUAUCCUCCCUGCUUCGAUAGGAUUCAACUCAUGCACACUCGAGUCUGAUAGCUACAUCUGCGUACGACAACAGGCCGAAAACACCGCGUCCCCCGAAGUCAUCAUCAUCGACCUUAAGAAUGGGAACAACAUCAUUCGGAGGCCGAUCAAGGCCGACAGUGCCAUCAUGCACUGGAACAGGCAAAUCAUUGCGCUCAAGGCACAACAGCGCACACUCCAGAUCUUCAACUUGGAGGCGAAGGCCAAACUGAAGUCCACCACAAUGAACGAGGACGUGGUGUUCUGGAAGUGGUUCAGCGAGACCAGCCUGGGUUUGGUGACAGAUAACUCGGUCUACCAUUGGGACAUCUUCGACCCAGCCCAGGCCGCGCCUCAGAAGAUGUUUGAUCGGACACCCAAUCUGAUGGGCAACCAAAUCAUCAAUUACCGGGUCAGCGACGACGGAAACUGGUCAGUAGUUGUCGGCAUUGCCCAGAACCAAGGCCGCGUGGUCGGAAACAUGCAGCUAUACUCGAGGGAGCGGGGCAUUCCACAAGCCAUCGAAGGACAUGCCGCUGCAUUUGGCUCCAUUCGAUUGGAAGGUGCUCCUGCCGAUACGAAGUUGUUCACAUUCGCUGUCCGCUCCGCGACGGGAGCUAAGCUACAUAUUGUUGAGGUUGACCACGCGCCGUCAAACCCUCCAUUCCCCAAGAAGGCUGUCGAUGUCUACUUCCCAACCGAGGCUACGAAUGACUUCCCCGUCGCAAUGCAGGUAUCGAAGAAGUACAGCGUGAUUUACCUGGUCACAAAGUACGGAUUCAUUCACCUAUACGAUCUCGAAACCGGCACCUGCAUAUUCAUGAACAGAAUCUCAAGCGAAACCAUAUUCAUCACCUCUUCGGACUCGGAAGGAGCCGGCAUUAUUGGAGUGAAUAGGAAGGGACAAGUUUUGUCUGUCAAGGUUAACGAGGACACAGUCGUUCCAUACCUACUGCAAAACCCGGCGAACGGAGAGCUUGCAUAUAAGCUCGCAUCGCGCGCAGGUCUCCCCGGCGCUGACAACCUUUACGAGCAACGAUUCCAGGGUCUCAUCAACUCUGGCCAGUACAUUGAAGCCGCGCGAGUUGCAGCAAAUUCUCCACGGGGUUUCCUCCGGACGCCCCAGACCAUUGAGCGAUUCAAGGCAGCUCCUCCACAAGCCAACCAGCUUUCUGUCAUCUUGCAAUACUUUGGCAUGCUCCUGGAUAAGGGAGCAUUGAAUAAGUAUGAGACUCUGGAGCUUGUGCGACCUGUAUUGCAGCAAGGACGCAAGCACCUCCUCGAGAAGUGGCUGAAAGAGGAUAAGCUCGAGUGCACCGAAGAGCUCGGAGAUAUCGUUCGUCCUCACGAUUUGACUCUUGCAUUAAUGAUCUACCGGAAAGGGUUGGUUCACCAAAAGGUGGUGGCAGCACUUGCGGAGCUUGGUCUCUUCGACAAAAUCUUGCCUUACAGCUCAGAGCACGACUACCAUCCGGACUACACUGUUCUGCUUCAGCACAUUGUUCGCAUCAAUGUCGAGAAGGGAGCCGAAUUCGCUUCAGCUUUGGCGAAACACCCUUCAGGACCACAGGUUGAUAUAGACCGCGUUGUCGACAUUUUCCAGUCUCAAGGAGCGAUUCAGCAAGCCACCGCGUUCUUGCUGGAUGUGCUUUCAGGAAACAAGCCCGAACAAGGUCAUCUGCAAACAAAGCUUCUUGAGAUGAACUUGCUCAAUGCCCCUCAAGUCGCUGAUGCUAUCUUGGGUAAUGAGAUGUUCUCUUACUACGACAAGCCACGCAUUGCCCAGCUUUGCGAGAACGCAGGCCUACUAACGAGGGCGCUGGAGCAUAAUGAUGACCCCGCUGCCAUUAAGCGCAUCAUUGUCCAGACUGACAAGCUUCCCGAGGAGUGGUUGAUUACCUACUUCGGCCAACUUACAGUUGAGCUGUCCCUGGAUUGCUUGAACGAAAUGUUGAAGGUCAACAUUCGCCAAAACCUACAGCCAGUCGUGAGGAUCGCGCAAAAGUACUCGGAUCUUCUGGGCCCGACCCGUAUCAUCGAUCUACUCGAGAAGUACAGGACUGCUGAAGGUCUUUACUACUACCUAGGUGCAAUUGUCAACCUGAGCGAGGACAAGGAUGUCCACUUCAAGUACAUUGAGGCAGCAACACGGAUCGGCCAACUCAACGAGGUCGAACGCAUCUGUCGAGAGUCAACCCAUUUCGACCCAGAACGCGUAAAAAACUUCCUCAAGGAAGCUCAGCUCACCGAGCAGCUACCACUCAUCAUCGUUUGCGACCGGUUCAACUUCAUCCACGACCUGGUGCUCUAUCUCUACAAGAACCAGCAGUUCAAGUCAAUUGAAGUCUACGUUCAGCGCGUAAACCCUUCCAGGACUCCUGCUGUUAUCGGUGGUUUGCUCGAUGUGGAUUGCGAUGAGAGCAUCAUCAAAGGCUUGCUUCAGUCCGUUAACGCUGCAUCGGUACCAAUUGACGAGCUCGUUUCUGAGGUCGAGUCGCGUAAUCGUCUCAAGCUACUAUUGCCCUUCCUCGAGGCGACUCUUGCCAGCGGCAACCAACAACAAGCCGUUUACAACGCAUUGGCUAAGAUCUACAUCGACAGCAACAAUAACCCGGAAAAAUUCCUCAAGGAGAACGACCAGUACGAUUCCUUGAUCGUCGGUAAAUACUGCGAGAAGCGUGAUCCGAACCUUGCGUAUAUCGCCUACCGCAAGGGGCAGAAUGAUUUGGAAUUGAUCAGCAUCACCAACGAGAAUGCUAUGUUCAAAGCUCAGGCUCGUUACCUCCUCGAGCGUGCUGAUGAGGAAAUCUGGCUCUUUGUGCUGAACGACAACAACAUGUACAGGAGAUCAUUGGUUGAUCAGGUCAUCUCAACUGCCGUUCCAGAAUCCCAGGACCCGGACAAGGUUUCCAUCGCGGUCAAGGCUUUCAUCAACUCCGAUAUGCCUGCUGAGCUGAUCGAAUUGCUUGAGAAGAUCAUCCUGGAGCCUUCCACCUUCAGUGACAAUCCUACCCUGCAAAAUCUUCUCAUGUUGACUGCUGCCAAGUCUGACCGAGGUCGAAUGAUGGGAUACAUCCAGAACCUGAACAACUACACUCCGGACGAAAUCGCCGCGCAAUGUAUCGAGCUUGGGAUGUACGAAGAAGCAUUCGAGAUCUACAAGAAGAACGACGAUCACACCAACGCUUCAAGCGUUCUCAUCGAUCACAUUGUCAGCAUCGACAGGGCACAGGAUUAUGCAGACCGCGUUGACCUUCCCGAGGUUUGGAGCAAGGUAGCCAAGGCUCAACUCGAUGGACUACGUGUCACUGAUUCGAUUGAUUCCUACAUUCGUGCUGGGGAUGCCUCGAACUUCCUCGAAGUCAUCGAAAUCGGCACACAUGCUGGAAAGGAUGAAGACCUGAUCAAGUUCUUGAAGAUGGCGAGGAAAACUCAACGCGAGGUGCCAAUUGAUACCGCGUUGGCUUUCUGUUACGCUCGAACCAAUCAACUUCCCGAGCUGGAGGAUUUCCUGCGUGCAACCAACGUCGCUGAUGUCGAAGCAUCCGGAGACAAGGCGUAUGAAGAGGGUUACCAUGAGGCGGCCAAGAUCUUCUACACCAGCAUCUCAAACUGGGCUAAGCUCGCGACGACUCUCGUUCAUCUUGAGGACUACCAAGCGUCAGUCGAGUGCGCUCGCAAGGCUAACAGCACAAAGGUCUGGAAGCAGGUUAACGAAGCUUGCGUUGCCAAGAAAGAAUUCCGUCUCGCCCAGAUUUGCGGUCUCAAUCUCAUUGUUCACGCUGAAGAGCUUGCCGACCUCGUCCGUCAAUAUGAGCGCAAUGGCUACUUUGAUGAGCUCAUAAGCCUUCUCGAGGCUGGUCUAGGUCUUGAGCGCGCCCAUAUGGGCAUGUUCACCGAGCUUGGGAUUGCGCUCUCGAAGUAUCACCCCGACCGAGUCAUGGAGCAUCUGCGUCUGUUCUGGUCUCGUAUCAACAUUCCCAAGAUGAUCCGCGCGUGCGAGGAAGCUCAUCUGUGGCCUGAACUGGUCUUCCUUUACGCUCACUACGAUGAAUGGGAUAACGCGGCACUUGCGAUGAUGGAACGCGCGUCAGAUGCUUGGGAGCACCACUCUUUCAAGGAUACAAUCGUCAAGGUUACGAACCUUGAGAUCUACUACCGCGCGUUGACACAUUAUCUCGAGCAACAACCAUCGUUGCUAACCGACCUCUUGCAAGCUCUUACACCUAGGAUCGACGUGAACCGCGUUGUGCGAAUGUUCAAGAACUCGGAUAACAUCCCACUGAUCAAGCCAUUCUUGCUCAACGUCCAGCCCCAGAACAAGCGCGAGGUCAACAAUGCAAUCAAUGAUUUGUUGAUCGAGACUCUCGACUACAAGACUCUCCGCGAUUCGGUUGAGAACUACGACAACUACGAUCCGGUGGAACUGGCACAGCGCCUUCAGGGCCAUGACUUGGUUUUCUUCCGCCAGAUUGCAGCAAACAUCUACCGCAAGAACAAGCGGUGGGACAAGUCAAUUGCGCUAUCGAAGCAAGACAAGCUCUUCAAGGACGCCAUCGAGACCGCGGCACUGUCUGGCAAGCCAGACGUUGUUGAAGAACUACUCCGAUACUUCGUGGACAUUGGUAGCCGGGAGUGCUACGUUGGCAUGCUAUAUGCUUGUUAUGACCUUAUUCGCCCUGAGGUCGUUCUCGAAGUCUCAUGGCGCAACGGUCUCAAUGACUUCACGAUGCCAUACAUGAUCAACUUCCUGAGCCGACAGGCGGCCACAAUCGAGACGCUGAAGAAGGACAACGAGGAGCGCAAGGCCCGGGAGGCGUCGCAACAGAAGGAUGAAGAGAGCACUCCCAUCCUGGGCUCUCGAUUGAUGCUCACCCAAGGCCCAGUGGGUGCGCCAUCCCCAGGCCCGUACGGCCAGGCCAAUGGAAUUGCUCCCCAGCCAACUGGAUACCGGGCUUUCUGAACAUGAUACCGCAAUAGACCGGCAGGACGGGGCGGGACGUGGCUCGGGGUCUUAUUAGGAGGGCUCCGGACGAAUGAAAAGCGUGUUAAUUAGGCUCACAUAACUUCACAUCACGGCCCGGGAUGGAGUGGGAUGGACGGACGGGUUUCUGAGAUUUGACGAGGGCAAUGGAUGGGUUAGGUGGUUGCAUUUGUGCACUAGGCUUCACCCACUGUAUUUUAGGCUGAUCAUUUGCUGAUUUUGAAUUGUUUUUCCACAGCUCAUCUUUCUUGCCAUGGCCCCAUGGCGGUGAAGCAGUGCCCACAGGCAAGACAUGCC